CAGGUCAAUCCAGGAACCUGCGGUGUUUUGAAUCGAAGAAAAUCGCGGCGAAAACAUUACAAGUGAAACCUCGCGAUCGCGGUUGGAUUGAUCAGUGCGCGCCGAAAUCGCAUCGUCGAGGCUUUCCCCCCGUCGAUCCUCACGAGUGUAUCGGAUGCGUGAGAAAGUGCAGCUGCAGCAGUAGCAGCAGGGCGUCGGGAGGAGAGGUUAGGCGAGGCCGACACCCACCGAGCGAGUCGAUCAGCUGUUUCGCGGUGCCGACAUCAUUGUCGUUUCGGACGCAGGUGAAAGAAAAAGGGACAAUGUUGUCGUACAUGUUGCCGACGGAGGACAAGCCACCGCCCGGCGAACCCAGCAGCCAACAGAACAAUUAUCGCGACACCAGCAAGCUGCAAAAGAGCACCGCUGUGGUGAGCACAUCUCCCAGAAAAUGCACGGACACGACUAGAGCGAUGAUCGUCUCCACCAAGAUCGAGGAUCCGACUGGCGGCGAUCCUGUCACCCGGCACGGUUUCCCUCGACCGGUCGAGAGCCCGAAGCACAAUGGGACGACAACCACGAGGAAAUCGACCCUGCACAACGCCAGCAGGGUUACUAAGGACGACAGCCUCUACAGCAUCGACAGCGUAGCCAGUACCGCCGGCAGCGAACGUAAGAACAAGAUUCUCAACGGCGCGAAGCACGCUAGUCUGAAGAGGGUAUCCUUCGGCUCGAGCAAAGGGUCGAUGGUGGAAACACUCGUUUAUGAGACCCCAGUGCAAGAGGAACCUGAGAUCAAUCAUUUUCUGGACCACAACGGCCGCCUACCUCCUCCUAUGAUACCUGUGCCUGAUACUGACGAAGGUAGAGAAAAAGUACGCGUCUCGUUGUUAGGUCCACAACCAUCGCCGGCGACGCCAGGUGUUCUCUUGCUGGAGCCGAUCACGCAUUCGACAGGACUCCCGAUAAACAUGGCCAACAAUCCCACGGAACUUUUGACCACGCACACUGAGCACACCACGCCUGCCUACCACACGCAAAUCAGUACGGACAGCGGCUGGGACAAUCCAUUCAGACCGGAUGGCGAUCUCUCCCGGGAAGCCGAUGAGAUCGUCGAACUAAUAAAGGGUGGGAAACCGAUCACGCCAACUCCAGGUCAGAACGCACCGCCGUUACCGGGAUGCGAUGGCAAAUCUGGCGACUCGAGUACCAGCCCGCUUCUCAAAUCCGCGAAUUGCCACGCUAACUCGUCACCGAGGCCCGGCCAGGAGAAUGGCAGUGCACGAGGUGGCACUCCUUCGAAGACUGCCGGCAACCAACCUGUUAACGAAAAGGUCGGCGCAUCUCGGACCGCAACGGUGGAAGUUGCGAGGAUGACGGCGCAGGGCCCGGGCGACGCGUCACAAGUCGAGCACGUCACCCUGAAGAAGAAGCCUAAGUGCAAGUGCUGCGUGCUGCAGUAAUGACCGCGCGACGGAGCCAGCGGGGACGCGCACGAGAGACGAUCCUCCUCCAUCGGGAGCGUAACUUCAGCUUCGUGGCUAUUGAAGAAAUCACGACUGGGCAACUCGAGGUAUCGAGGACGCAUCGAUGAAGAAGCGACUCGAAGAGGAUGCCGGAACAGGAAAACGCCGGCAUUCCAAACACGCUCGAGACCUGGAGAACAGGUCCAGAAGAUAAUUUCUCAGAGGGAGAAUAAGGUUUCAUCUUUAAAGAAAGUGAAAAAAAGUGGAGCGAAAUAUUGGAAACGAUGAGAAUAUGAUUGGAUAUACGAGAACAUCAGAUUGUUAGAAAUCUGAAAAAAAUGAAACGAGCAGCAACUCAAACAAGAUGUCAAAGAAGCUUCUUGUAUCUUUCAAUCAUGAAGAAAAGGGAAACAAGAAAGAAUAUUUGGAUGGAAACAAGAGCAAGUUUAAUCGGAAUGUGAAGAAAAUGAGAUAAGAGGCUAUCGAUUCUUGUUGAGGAGAUUGGAAUCUCUCUUAAAAUGCUCUGGAACAUGAAGUUAACCCUUGCCGUGGAAGAUUGGACUCUCGCCAGGCUAUCUCUGGCUUUCAAGCACGGAAAAGAGGAAUCCACGUGGAGGAUGAGACAAGGAACGUCAGUGCGCGAACAUUGAACCGCUUUUCGAGAGACAAUGAUAUUUUAAUGAUGUCACGAGAGACCAGAGUUAGGAAAGAAAUGGAAAAAGAAAGAGAAAGAAAAAGAAAUAUAUAUAUAUUAUACAUACAAAACUAUAUUGUAGAUACAGAAUGGUAGCUGUAUAGCUUAUAUGCUUUUACUAUCGUGGUUAAUAAUCAUCAAGAUUAUCGUGAUUUAAAAAAUGCAUCGUACGCGUAGAGCGAGAAAGGAAAAGAAAGAAUGUACGAGAGAGAGCGCGAAUGUGAACAAGAGAGAAAGAGAAGGAUGAUGAAUAAUAUGACUAUAGGUAGGAAGAGUGUGCGCGACAUGCGAGGCAUGUAGGCUGCGUUUAGGGAUCGUGCUAUCAGCGCUGUUUGUGUCAUACUAUCCUUACUUCACGUUCUAAUGCACGAUGAAGAUAGAAUGACACAAAUAGUGCUAAUAAUGUCUCCCCGAACGCAGUUGUAAAGUUCCAUGGGACGUCAUUCGUCCGUUAGAUCUCGGUGCGAACAGAUACAUCGCCGUUUUUGAGGAAGCUAACUUGGCAGCUUUGAUCAAUCUUUCUUUGCACUGCGAAGGAUAUUCAACGCGUCGAACAUCACUAUAUACAGAGAGAGUGUGCCAAAUAUACCGCAUGCUCAGUCGCAUCUACAAAUUUCUUGAUCAGUUUGGAUCAGUUUUUCUUCAGUGUCACAUUAUACUGUUUCGUCACGGGUGCAACAUAUUGUAUAUGGCAUAUCCAACCCACCUUUGAUUGUUUAUAACUUUUAUAAAAACGAACACUAAACAAAUUUUGUCCAACAUAAUUAACAACUUUUUUUCAAUUAAAACACUAGACAAAGGAUACAACAAUAUCAAACAAAUGUAUGUAUCUUUAUUAAAAAUUAUGAGUAAUAUAAAAUAAACAGAAGUUUCGAAAAAAAUCAUUUUGAAAAAAGCUGGAUAUGCCAUAUCGAAAGUGGCAUUGAAGAGUUAAUAAUUUUGCACUUUAUUUUUAAUUGCUUCUAAUUUAGAAAUUAACCGAUAUGUCGUCUAUGAUCGAGAGAGAG